GAACCGACUCAACAUAUCCAAUAGAUAACCAAAUCUUAACUGAUUAUUCCACUGAGUCUAAGCUACUAGUAAAAGAAGCCGAAGCAAACAAUGAGGAAGUGGGCGAUCCCUUCCGCUUUGAUUCUUCUUUGCCUUCUCAGUCUCCUCUCAGAUCAAGGGAGAAAAGUACAAGCAAAUGCUGAUGAAGGAGCCGUAGAUCCUCCAAAAGUUGAGGAAAAGAUCGGCGCUGUGCCUAACGGUUUACAAACUGAUUCUGAUGUAGUUAAAAGAGAAUCGGAAUCGAUCUCUUCGAGAUCGCUUCGCAGUAAUGCGGAGAAGUUUGAGUUCCAGGCUGAGGUGUCUCGGCUUAUGGAUAUUAUUAUCAAUUCUCUUUAUAGCAACAAGGAUAUUUUCCUCAGGGAGUUGAUAUCCAAUGCUUCUGAUGCGUUGGACAAGAUUAGGUUCCUUUCACUCACAGACAAAGAAGUUUUGGGUGAAGGUGACACUGCCAAGCUGGAGAUCCAGAUUAAGCUGGACAAAGAGAAGAAAAUUCUCACACUUCGUGACAGAGGUAUAGGAAUGACCAAAGAAGAUUUAAUCAAGCACUUGGGAACAAUUGCGAAGUCUGGAACUUCUGCAUUUGUUGAGAAAAUGCAGAGCAGUGGAGAUCUUAACCUGAUUGGGCAGUUUGGAGUUGGGUUCUACUCUGUAUAUCUGGUGGCAGACUAUGUUGAAGUCAUUAGUAAACACAAUGAUGACAAACAAUAUGUAUGGGAAUCAAAGGCUGAUGGGGCAUUUGCAAUAUCUGAGGACACUUGGAAUGAACCACUGGGACGUGGUACUGAGAUUAGAUUGCAUCUCAGGGAUGAAGCUCAGGAGUACUUGGAGGAGGGAAAAUUGAAGGAAUUGGUGAAGAAAUAUUCUGAAUUCAUCAACUUCCCCAUCUAUAUCUGGGCAAGCAAAGAGGUUGAUGUUGAGGUACCUGCCGAGGAAGAUGAGUCGAGUGAUGAGGAGGAAACUUCUGAUAGCAGUUCUGAGGAAGGGGAAGAUGAAGAUGCUGAGAAAAGUGAGGAUGAAGGCACUGAGAAGAAACCAAAGACAAAGAAGUUGAAGGAAACUUCUAAUGAAUGGGAGCUUCUGAAUGAUGUUAAAGCUAUAUGGUUGCGCAGUCCAAAGGAGGUGACAGAGGAAGAAUACACAAAAUUCUAUCAGUCUCUAGCAAAGGACUUUGGUGAUGAGAAGCCCUUGGCCUGGAGCCACUUCACCGCAGAAGGUGAUGUUGAGUUCAAGGCUGUUUUGUUUGUGCCUCCUAAGGCUCCUCAUGAUCUGUAUGAGAGUUAUUAUAACACCAACAAAGCCAACUUGAAGUUGUAUGUUAGACGAGUUUUUAUCUCUGAUGAAUUUGAUGAGCUUUUACCAAAGUAUCUUAACUUUUUGAAGGGUCUUGUUGAUUCUGAUACCCUACCACUCAAUGUAUCACGAGAGAUGCUACAAGCCCACAGCAGUUUGAAAACAAUCAAGAAGAAACUCAUUAGGAAAGCCCUUGAUAUGAUUCGUAAAAUUGCUGAGGAGGAUCCUGAUGAGUCCAGUGGCAAAGAUGAGAAAGAAGUUGAAAAAUCUGGCACUGAUGAUGACGAGAAAAAAGGUCAAUAUGCUAAGUUCUGGAAUGAGUUUGGAAAAUCCAUUAAACUUGGUAUCAUUGAGGAUGCAACCAACAGAAAUCGCUUGGCAAAACUCCUUCGAUUUGAGAGCACCAAAUCAGAUGGUAAAUUGACUUCACUAGAUCAGUACAUCUCUAGAAUGAGAGCAGGACAGAAGGAUAUUUUCUACAUUACAGGCAACAGCAAGGAACAGUUGGAAAAAUCUCCAUUCUUGGAGAGGCUUAAGAAGAAAAAUUAUGAGGUUAUUUUCUUCACAGAUCCUGUUGAUGAGUACCUGAUGCAAUACCUGAUGGAUUAUGAUGGCAAACAGUUCCAAAAUGUAUCCAAGGAGGGCUUGAAAAUUGGGAAAGACUCAAAGAACAAAGAACUUAAGGAGUCAUUUAAGGAACUAACCAAAUGGUGGAAGGGUGCCCUUACAAGUGAGAAUGUGGAUGAUGUGAAGAUAACUAACCGUUUGGACAAUACUCCUUGUGUGGUUGUUACAUCAAAGUUUGGAUGGAGUGCUAAUAUGGAGAGAAUCAUGCAAUCUCAAACCCUAUCGGAUGCUAGCAAGCAAGCGUACAUGCGCGGCAAGAGGGUGCUUGAGAUCAACCCAAGGCACCCAAUCAUUAAGGAGCUUCGUGAGAGAGUUGUUAAGGACCCUGAGGAUGAGGGUGUGAAGCAAACGGCUCAGCUCAUUUACCAGACAGCUCUGAUGGAGAGUGGCUUCAGUCUACCCGAUCCCAAGGAUUUUGCCUCACGCAUCUACAGCUCAGUGAAAUCUAGCCUAAAUAUCAGUCCCGAUGCAACCAUUGAGGAUGAUGAUGAUGUAGAAGAAACCGAGACUGAGACCGAGACGGAGACAAAAGAAGGAGCAGGCAGUUCAAAGGGCGAAGCUGAACCAGCCAACAAUGAUGCAGAUACUGAUCUCAAGGAUGAGUUGUAGAUCGUCUGAAGCCUCGGGAUAUGUUUUUUAUUUUUCCCUCCGUACUCUGAUAUCUUAAGAGAACCUGAAGAAACUGCAUCGUAAUGCAUUUUAAGUCUGAAACUUGGAUCAAAGAAAACAUUAGAAAGUAGAGUUAAUGUAACCAUAGUUGCCAGGAAUUUUGUCCUUAGCCUCUAAUCUAUGUCGGGAGGCGCUGAAAUUAAGCUGUGUGCAUUUUUUUUUCUCUUUUAAUGCAUGUUAAUGCUUUUCAGAUUUUCACA